GAGUUACAACAGAAGGCGACAGUAGAAUGCGCUACACACAAACUUGCUGCUAGACGUACUAAUGCAAAAGAGAUAUCUUGUUUUCGUUGUGGAAAGAAAUCACAUGACGCAAGUGACUGCUGGUUUAAAGACAAAGAUUGCAAACAAUGUAAUAAGCGAGGUCACAUUCAGAAAAUGUGUAAAUCAGCUGCUAAUGUAAAACGACCGCAGCAGUGGAAAAGGAAAGACACGUCGAUGCACCACGUCACAGAAACAGAUUCUGACUCACCCGAAGAGGGUUUAGCUUGCCUUGAACUAUUCAGCUUAAAAGAAACAGAUCGCAAAAUAAUUUGGAUCACACUACAAGUUGAGGGAAAGACACUGAAAAUGGAGCUAGACACUGGGUCUGCCUUAUCAGUAAUUUCUCACGAAGAGUACUUGGAACGUUUUCCAAAUGUAAAAUUGCGGUCAACCCCAGUCUUGCUGAAAACGUAUACAGGAGAAAAGAUUUCCCCAGUAGGCCGGAUUCCUGUAAAUGUAACUUACAAUAAUGUCAAGCACCUCCUGGAUUUGUAUGUAAUUAAGCAUGGAGGACCACCACUGUUAGGGCGGGAAUGGCUGAGGAAGAUUCAACUGGACUGGCAUUCCAUUAAAGCCCUGCGGGUGGCGCCAGAAACAAGUGACAGUUCUACAAAUGAUAAACUAACUGAAUUAUUAAACCGGUCAUCACAAGUGUUUCAGGAUGGCAUUGGUACCCUGAAACACAUGAAAGCCAAAAUUGUGCUGGAAGCUGAGGCUCAGCCAAGGUUCAACAAAGCGCGGCCUGUACCCUAUGCUAUACGCCCCAAAGUAGAAGCUGAACUGAAGCGUUUAGAAGAGGCAGGCAUCUUGUCUAAGGUGGACUGGUGUGAAUGGGCAGCACCAAUAGUGCCAGUAAUAAAAAAAAGUGGAGAUCUGCGCAUUUGCGGUGAUUUCAAAGUCACUGUGAACCCUGUACUGCGCGCUGAUCAAUACCCUCUGCCACGUAUUGAAGAUAUUUUCGCCUCAUUGGCAGGAGGUGCAAGAUUCUCAAAGAUAGAUUUGGCUCAGGCCUAUUUACAAAUGGAAAUGGAAGAAACAUCAAAGAAAUUUCUUACUAUUAACACACACAAAGGCCUUUUUCAGUACAACCGUCUAGUGUUUGGCAUUGCAUCAGCCCCAGCAAUCUGGCAGAGGGCCAUGGAUCAAGUCCUACAAGGCAUACCAGGUACGCAGUGUUACCUAGAUGACAUCAUCGUGACUGGAGCGGAUGAUAAGGAACAUCUAGAGAACUUGCAACAGGUACUAACUAGGCUGUGUGAGUAUGGACUGAGAGCUAACAAAGACAAAUGUGACUUUUUCAAAGAAACUAUAGCCUACUGUGGCCAUACCAUUGAUAAGCAAGGCCUACACAAGUCACAAGACAAGAUUGAUGCUGUACUCGGAGCGCCACAGCCACAAAACGUAACACAACUUCGAUCUUUCCUGGGAUUGAUUAACUACUACCACAAGUUUCUGCCAAAUAUGUCCACGGUGUUACACCCUUUGAAUGCUUUACUGCAGAGUGGGAGCAAAUGGGAGUGGUCUGAGAAAUGUAAACAUGCUUUCAAGGAGGCUAAAACACUGAUUACUUCAAAGAAGGUACUCACUCACUAUGAUCCAUCCUUACCCAUUAAGCUGGCUUGUGACGCUUCCCCCUAUGGAGUUGGUGCUGUGUUAUCGCACAAGAUGCAGGAUGGCUCUGAGAGACCAAUAGCUUUUGCGUCAAGAUCUCUUUCAGCAGCAGAACGCAAUUAUGCUCAGAUUGAUAGAGAGGGCCUAAGUCUAGUGUGGGGAGUAAAGAAAUUUAACCAGUAUUUGUUUGGCAAGAAAUUCACAUUGGUCACUGACCACCAACCCCUAGUCUCCAUCUUUAACCCCAGGAAAGGUGUUCCGGAAAUGGCAGCUGCACGGCUACAGCGUUGGGCUUUGUUCUUAGGGGCACACUCCUAUGACAUUGAAUUCAAGGGCACAAAGCACCACGGUAAUGCAGAUGGCCUCUCACGACUGCCGCUGGAGACACUUAACCAAGAGACUGAGCCAGAUCCUGUUGACAUGUUGUAUGUAGCACAGAUGGACUUGUUACCAGUAACGAAUGCUCUGAUACAAAAGGAGACUAAGAAUGACCCUGUCCUGGCUAAAGUGUAUGAUAUAACCGUAAAAGGUUGGCCAACACAUGGAGACCCCCAGUUGUCUGCUUUCUAUGCACGGCGAGAGCAGCUGUCAGUGUAUCAUGGAUGUGUUAUGUGUGGCACCAGAGUUGUCAUACCCUCUAAACUACGAUCAAGAGUGCUUGAGGCGUUGCAUGAUGGCCACUUGGGAGUGGUUAAGAUGAAGGCACUGGCCCGCAGCUACGUCUGGUGGCCUGGCAUAGAUCAACAGAUUGAAGACUUAGCAAAAGGGUGUCCAGGAUGCCAACAAAUACAACACAUGCCUAAGCUAGCACCACUGCACACAUGGGAGUGGCCCUCCACCCCAUGGCAGCGAGUACACAUUGAUUACGCCGGACCCUUCAUGGACAGAAUGUUUCUUGUAGCAGUGGACGCACAUUCAAAGUGGCCGGAAGUUUUCUGUGUAAAAUCUGCUACGUCCGCUAAAACAGUUGAGAGUCUGCGAACACUCUUUGCACGGACUGGGCUGCCUGAGCAGAUUGUGAGUGAUAAUGGAACCCAAUUCACUUCUGAAGAAUUUCAAACAUUUGUGACGAGAAAUGGCAUCAAACACAUAACAUCUGCCCCUUAUCACCCAGCCACCAAUGGUCUGGCAGAAAGAUUUAUCCAGACGUUCAAGCAGGCAAUGCGAGCAAUGGGGAGAGAACCACUGUCAGUACAGCAAAAGCUAGCCAACUUUCUUUUGGCUUAUCGAAACUCGGUACAUGCCACAACAAGUCAGACACCAGCUAUGUUGUUUAUGGGCCGAAAUCUAAGAUCGAGACUAGACUUGUUAAAGCCUGAUCUUCGCAGAGAGGUACAGAAGAAACAGUGUGACCAGCGCACGAGCAAGGGGCCCUUACGAACCUUUGCAGUGGGACAGGAGGUGCUAACAAGGGAUUAUCGUAAUCAAAAAUGGGUGCCAGGAGAAAUUGCUACAAGAUUGGGACCACUCAGCUAUACAGUAAAAAUUAGUCCAAAUCUCAUCUGGCGUAGGCAUGUGGACCAGCUACUGUCUACAGCUUCCAGGAACCAGCGUAGUGAAACCUCAACUUCCACGCCGGCUGUGUUCCCGGAGCCAGGAAUAACCGCCAUGGAUGAGUCUCAGUGGGCUGUGGACAGUGCUGAACCACUUGGUGGAAAUGUAACUAUCCCAACUGAAAUUCCAGAGACUGCCUGUUCCGUUGCACCCAGACGUUACCCAGAGAGAAACCGGAAUCCACCACAAAGGCUUGAUUUGUAGUUCACAUUUUGUGAAACAAUGUUUGUUUAUAGUAUAAAAAGAUCCCAUAUGCUGUAGCUGUAUUGCACUAUAAGCAAUUCAUUUAAGGCAAUUUUAAAACUAAGUGGGGAGGAAUUGUUAUGUAUGUGAUCUGUGUAAUUCAUUAAGAGCACUACUUUUCUGGUGUAAGUUUACCAUAGUUCCGGUCAGAGGUU